AUGACAAAAGGCGCCAAAAAAUUAUAGGAAGCAUUUUGUUUUUCUGUUUUUUCUUCUAAUUCUUUUUCCUAUUGUGUCUGUGUUAAAGUAAAGCCAACCUGUGUAUAUGUAUAAUAUCGCUAUUUUAGCAAUACUUCUAGUGUUAUUGGAGUAGUUAAUAACUCGUGUUAAUUGAGUAGACCAUUCAUAAUAAAGAAUUGCCUAAAAGUGGAAGAAAACAAGUGCUGAUUCUCAUGAAUAAACCGGUACUGGUAUAGAACACUACCCUCACUGCCCUGGCAAAAAUGAGUCUUAAAGACUUAGAUCUGACCAAGUUGUCGAAACUAGCAUCCAAUCAAAUUGACCUCGUAACUUGUUUAGAAUGCUGUAAAUAUUACAUAGCUCCUGCGACUGCUGCUUGCGGCCACACUCUGUGUCAUACGUGCUGGCGAGGACGUCGAACGUGCCCAACUUGUGCAACAUCGCUUGACCGUAAAACUCUAAAGCUAAACAUUCCACUUCAAACAUUGACGGACCAUGUUCAAGUGCUUGGUGAAGCAUUCAAGAGUCUUUUUAACAUUAAAUUAGACGAGUUUAAACUUGAUACACCAGGUGAAAUUGACUCAGAAAAAGAUACAGAUAAAAAUGUACAGGACUGGCUAGUAAGCUCUCAAAAUCAUUUUUCAGCACCCCUACAGAAUUCUGAAACAUUUUCACAAGACAUACAACAACCAAGCAAUCCAUUAGAGAUUUCAGCGAGCAAUAUAAUUAUUCAUACAGAUACCAAGAAAGCUGGAAGCCCACCAAAAGUAGUUCAUGUGCCACCACCGCAGGAUGACUGGGACAAAAUUGAACCAAUGCCGGAUCCUAAAGAAACUGCAAAAAAAUACGAUAAUGUGGUGGGUCCUAUGGAUAUAGAACCGUUUUUUAUAGAGGACACUGAAUAUAGCACUGAUAACCCCCGUAGGAGUUCUAGGAAAAGGGAUGUAAAAAAAGAUAAUUCCAAUGCCCGCACACAUGAUAAUUCUUCUAACAUGCAUAGUUCUAGAGACUCCAGUGCUGAUAAUGAUAAGAAAUCAGCCAAACAAAAUUGGAAUAAUGUUAAAAGAAUGAGAAAGGAAUUCAGUAAGUUAAACAAGCAGAAUAGAAACAAAUUGAAUGUCUCGAUUGAAAUGGUUAAGAAAACACAGAACCUUAAGCCAGCCGUGAAUACUCCUGUGACUACACAACCUCUUUACAACAUUGAUGACAAUACCCCAGAAUAUAGCAAUAAAGAAAAUCAAGUUAUUAAUAUGGAUAUAAGUGGUGACAAACAGGCAGACAAUGCACCUCAAAAUCUAGCAGUACAAUCUGAAGAAAAAGUAAUCUAUGAUAACAAAUCUGACAAAAGGGAAAACCAAGAGCCACAAAACAUUAUUCCACAUCGUGAUGAUAGGAACAAUAUACAAAAUAAAGAAGUUUUCACUGAUGAUCCACAUCAUGAAAAUCCUGAAGGAGCAAGAACAAAAAUGCAGUUUAUAAAAAAAAGUGCAUUAAAUCCAAAGACGGCAGAUAAUUAUGAUUUUGCUGUAAAUCAUGGUGCUGCCCCACCAGUUACUCCCGAAAAUUCAGAUGACAUAGAGAUUUCUAUUAAAGUGGGAAAUACAAUUACUAACAUAGUAAUAAAGAAGAAACACAAUGAUGUACAAGUAAAAAUCAAUACAGAUCGAGAAGUUCAAACAUCAUUAGGUCCUCAUCAAAUAACUGAACACAAUAGUGGUGUGACCAAGGAUAGUAAUACACACAACAUAGACAUUAACAUAGAAAAUGUGAGAACCAAGGACCAAGAUGUCCAAACAGCAGAUAAAAAUAUUAAACAAACUACUGGAAUAAAUAUAAAUGAGUGUAACAAACCAGCAGUAGUAGACUCAAACUUAAAUAAAACUACAUCAGAUAAGAAAAAUACAGCAUCAGCUGAAACAGCUACUGCUCAAUUUGAAAUCACUGACAGUGUUGAAAAAGAACUCUCUAAAAUAAUGGAGUGUGAAUCAGUAGUUGAAAAAGAUAAAAGUUGUAAAAGUAAUGUAGUUGCACUCACACAAGUCAGAGGACAAACUGCAAACAAGAUUAUACAACAGACUGAGACUAUAGAUGAUCUAAAUGAUUUAGAUAUUUUCAACAGUGGCUCAGUUAAAGAAGCUAAUGUACAUCUUUUGAAGGAACAUGCACCCUCAGAAAUAUUAGUUUCCACGGUUCAAAGUAAAUUCAGAACGCAGAAACUAGCUGAGAAGCGCAAUAGAGACAAUAAUGAUGAGGGAGCGGUACCCAAGAACAAGAAAGUGAAAAUAAGCUCAGCAGAAAAGAAUAAAGGAGAACCUGACAGUGAACCUAUAAACUAUGACGAGGUUAUGGGUCAAGUGUUUGCCAACAUUGAUGCAGAUAUGGAAGACAUCAGAAAAAGUCAAGACAUAGCCAGUUCUUCUAUUUUAAAGGAUACAAGGUUUGGCAUUAAUGAAGAGCCUUCUCAAAAAAUUAAAAGUACAUCACAAAUACAAAAAACGCAAGUAAUAAGUAAGGUAACAAACCAAAUGAAUGAAGAAAUAACUCCCAAUUUAAAUGAAUACUUUAACGAAAAACAUAGUGAAAAUGUAUUUUCUAUUUUGGAAAAGGAAGAUGAAAAUUCAGAAGCUGUCAAACAUGACAAAAUUCCACAAGCUGAAGAAUUUUUGACACCAGUUGUACGUCACAACUCCUCCCAGGAGAGUCAAGAUGGCAAUGUUAGAACAAAUAAAAUGGCCCAGUCACAAGAUUAUGAUGAUUCAGACAAGAGUGUGGUUGAGGAAACACCACAAAAAAAUUUAUCAAUGCCGAAACUGAAACGAGCAAGUACAUCAAAUCAAUCACAAAUGAACUUGAGUGAAACAACAAAGAAGAUAUCUCUAAGAAAAUCCACAUCUUCAAUAAAGAGCAUUAUUAACUUAACUGACACUAUAACUGAAUCUGGUAGAGAUGCCACUGUCAUAGAAGCUGGUCAAAAAGCAGCGCUGGAGACCCCACUAACUAUUACCAAGUUUGCUAAUCAAAUACAGUAUAAAUCUACACCAAUGGCGAGAAAAUCACUUAAUUUUGAGAAUGAAAAUGAUGAUAAUGAUCCGGAACAGACCCUUUGCCCUACUUCUGAAGUGAUAGCGAAAACGACACAAGAAAAGGAGUUUAUGAGUAAAGCGUUUGAGUGUACGCCCGUGACUCCCACCGCGCGGCCGCUCAUGGCGCGGAACCUGGCGCUCAACACCAACAGAAAGUAUUGCUUAGCUGGUUCAUGUUUAACUUCUGGGGAAAUAACAAAAGUCAAGAUUCUUUGCAAUGAACGCAAAUGGAGCUAUGUGGAUAAGUACACAAAGGAUAUCACACACUUAAUUGUAGGCGUUGAUGAAGAAAAGAAGUCGCAAAGAUCUGUGAAAUACAUGUGCGCGUUAGCGGCCUCUAAGUGGAUUGUAUCAUUCGAGUGGAUCAAGAAAUGUUUGCAGACUAAGGAUAUUGUUAAUGAGGAAUAUUUCGAAGCUUUAGAUAGCACAGGUGAGCCGGGUCCCAGACGCUCUCGAAUCUCGAAGAAGAAGCUGUUUGAAGGCAUCACGUUUUACUGCAUGCCACCAUUCAGCGUGCUUGAUGUAGACACGUUGAAGAAUAUGCUACUGGCUGCUGGCGGUCGCGUUGUGUCAGAUCCCAAACAAAUCAGGAUAUCCGAGGAAUCGCACCAACCCGCCCUGUUACUGGCCGAACCAGAGGAUACACAAGAAAAUCGAUUUACAUACAUUGCGAUGGAGCAAGGUGUAGUGCCAGUUAACUACGAGUGGGUUCUCAACUGCCUCGGCAACUACACCCUAGGAUCAGUGCAGGAGCUACUUCUGUGUCCAUCUUACUUGCUGCCACCAGCGACUGCUAAAUGGCCUGCAAUAUUGCUAACUCAAGAUAAUGAUUAAAUUGUUAUCAAAUUAUAUUUUUUUAUAAUUAUAAUUAUGUUCUGAAGAUGGUGACUAAUUUUAGUGGAGUAAAUACUUAGGUACUAUAACGUUUACACAUAUGUGUGCCUUAUAGACUUUAUGCGAAUAAUAAGAUUUAUAAUAAGUUAUGGAAUAAAUAUUUUAUACCUGUA